AUGGAGGAGGAGGGGGGGCCCUGCGCCGCCUCAGCUGCAGCCUUGGAGGGGCCCUGCGCCACUGCCGCGUCUCCGGGCCUUUUUGGGGCCGACGCCGCGUCUCCGGUCCUUGUUGGGGCCACCGCCGCGUCUCCGGUCCUUGUUGGGGCCGACGCCCCCGCUCCUGUCCUUAGGAGGCUUAAAGCCUCCUCUCCUGUCCUUGAGGGGCAUGACGCCACCCUCCCUGCUACCUUCAAGAGGGUCCAUGGAGCUCGAGACGGAGACCAGCCAGAGUCUGCUGCCCUUCCUCCCAGCCUGAGGAUGGUUCCGGAGGCAGCAGACACCUCCCCUGUGGUCCCUCUGCAGUGGCCGCCCCAGCACCGAGUGGUCUCCAGUCCAGUCCCCAGUCUGGCCUCUGCAGGGGUCCCCAGUCCAGUCCCCAGUCUGGCCCCCGGAGGGGUCCCCAGUCCAGUCCCCAGUCUGGCCGCUGGAGGGGUCCCCAGUCCAGUUCCCAGUCCAUUCCCCAGUCUGGCCGCUGGAGGGGUCCCCAGUCCAGUUCCCAGUCAAGUCCCCAGUCUGGCCUCCGGAGGGGUCCCCAGUCCAGUCUCCAGUCUGGCCGCUGGAGGGGUCCCCAGUCCAGUUCCCAGUCCAUUCCCCAGUCUGGCCUCCGGAGGGGUUCCCAGUCCAGUCCCCAGUCUGGCCCCCGGAGGGGUCCCCAGUCUGGCCCCCGGAGGGGUCCCCAGUCCAGUCCCCAGUCUGGCCGCUGGAGGGGUCCCCAGUCCAGUUCCCAGUCCAGUCCCCAGUCUGGCCUCCGGAGGAGCCCCCAGCCCAGUCCCUAAACCGGCCUCCAGCCCGGCCCCCGGAGGGGUCCCCAGCCCGUCCCCGUCCUGUCAGCUGGGCCAGCCUCUCCUCUCGGUGCCAGAUCGUAGCGUCCGCUACGACAGCGUCUCCCGCUGGCCUGCCUGCCUGCCUGCCAGCCAGCCAGCCAACCAGCCAGCCAGCCAACCAGCCAGCCAGCCAACCUGUCAGCCUGCUGGCUGUCUGUCCAUCCCCAGCUCUCCAGGUGCAUCAGCGGCUUCUGCCCGCCAGCCUUUCGAGCCGCCGCUGGCUUGUCCCCCCCAGAACCCAGCUCUGCCAGACUCUGCUCUGCUGCCCACAGCGGUCAACUCUUGCCUGCACCAGCGUGUCAGCCGGAUGCCGGCCCGUCGAGCCUGUCUGUCUAUCCCCUCCUGUGUUGGCUCACGUGAGUUUUUGGCCUCUAGCUAUUUUAAUUUGGAUUACAGUUUGCAGUUGAGCUUCCCUCCUGCCUGAAGGAGAACGUUUGUUUACUUUCUAGAAACCCUAGUUUUGCAUUUAGUUUUUGUUUCCUUGUCUUUGGUCUUUUAGCCAGUUUAUGUUCUGCUUUGUUUAAUUUAAAGUAACCAAUAAACAUCCUUGGUUCACUUGA